AUGAGUUUCGUGUGUGCCGACUCGGGGUACCAUCAGCGCGUCGUACGGUCGAAAAGUGAUGUGCCGCCGGGCAGGAUGGAGGAGUACUUGGGCAACUUUUACUUUGGCCGACACAACGAGUCCGACUUCAUCGACUGGUGCCAAGAGUAUUGGCACGACUGGUCCGGCACGAGCACAUUCCCGACGGACUUGUACGAGAAGAAAUGCUACGAUGAAUUAUUCCCGUACGACUGCACCAGGGCGUAUGCAGGCGCAAGCUACGGCGACGGCACGGGCACCUGUGGGAAAUGCGGGAUCUCCAGACAUCUGUGGGCCUCGCCGUUUGACAGCUGGGCCAUGAUUUCCCUGCACCUUGCGCGCGACGCGCACAUGUACCCGCAGGCCAACGAUCCCGACGGCCCAAGCAAGCCCGUCGCCUGGAGACGGAACCGCCAAGUCAUACUCGACGCGGCGUGCACACUCUCCCGGGUCGCCGCCGCGAUGGCGCGCUCCCCGACCACGCGCGCCUCGACGGCGUGGCUGGCACCGGACUCGGGGUUCCUACGAAAGAACCCGAGCCUCGCGCGCGUCAAGAUGGGAGGCACGCACCGCGCGCAGCCGCUGAGCCACUACUACGAAAAGGGCGCGAACCGGCUCUACUUCCUCGCGGAGUGGGCCACGCGCAGCGACGCGACGGCGCACUACGCGCAGGUGCGCAACGACCGCGCCAAGAUUGGCGAGAUGCUGCGGGAGAUGGCGGCGAGCGGGUUCGGCGGCGGCGACCGGGCGGGCAACAGGGACGACGAAGGGCGGCGGUCCCGGGAAGACCCGUGGUACCACGGGUUCGAGGGCGCGGCCACGGUGUCGCUGACGCGGGCGGCCGAGGAGCACCGGCAGCACCAGCUCAGGAACCGGCAGACGGCCAACGUCAACGCCACGUCCAUCAUCGUGGCCUUCUCCAUGACGACGGACCUCGGGUGGGACGGCUACCAGAUCUCGUCGAACAACGCCGGCGGCGGCACCGGCGGCAGCUGCACUGCCUGCCCGGUUUCGUGCGGGUCGAGCUGCGGGAAUUCCGCGUGCGCGACGGACCUCGUCCUGACGGAGCUGUCUCACGAUUGCGGUGGCUCCAUGUGA